AUGGUAAUUGCUUUUGAAAUGAGAAUGCAAGAAACAGAAAAAGAUCAUCACAAUUUGCAGGAGGUUAAAGAACCUAAGGAGUCAGUUUGCACAGAAAGCAUUCUGAAAAACAAUAUCCAUAGUGAAGCAACAACAGCCACUCCACUGAAUUGCCCGCACUGCAAAGGACUGGUUCUGCUGUGCCCGUGGAGGCUAUGGGAGACCAGGGCCAGCCAGAUCCACUACUCGGCACCUGAAGAGACAGAAGAAGGCUAUAUCCUGGGAAAUAUCUCCAAGGAUCUGGGGCUGGUGGACCGUGGAGUCUGCAUCGUCUCCAGAAGUAGGACUCAGUUUUUCGCUCUGAACCUGCAAAGUGGCGUCUUGGUCACUGCAGGCAGGAUAGACUAGGAGGAACUCUGCGCUCAGAGCACACAGUGGCUAGUAAAUAUCAAUAUCCUGGUUGAGGGCAGAGGAAAACUUUUUGGGAUAGAAAUAGAAAUCACUGAUAUCAAUGAUAAUAAUCCAAAAUUCCAGGUCGAAAAUCUGGAAGUAAAAGUUAAUGAAAUCGCUGCACCUGGAACACAUUACCCACUCCCAGAGGCUGUUGACCCAGAUGUGGGCAUGAAUUCCUUACAGAGCUACCAGCUCAGCCCCAAUCACUACUUCUCUCUGGAAGUGCAGACUGGAGAUGACGGAACUCUACACCCAGAGCUGGUGCUGGAGCAGGCCCUGGACCGAGAGGAAGAGGCUGCUCACCAUCUGCUCCUCAUCGCCUCUGAUGGCGGUGACCCGCGUCGCUCCAGCACAGUGCACAUCCACGUGACGGUGUUGGAUACAAACGACAAUGCCCCGGUUUUUACUCAACCGAUUUACCGAGUGAAAGUCCCAGAGAACGUGGCCCCGGGCACCCUGCUGCUUACUGUGAGCGCUAGCGACCCAGAUGAGGGAGCCAAUGGAGAAGUGGCCUAUAGAUUUUGGAAAAUUAGUGAAAAGCAAUCUCCGCUAUUCCAUCUUAAUGAAAAUACCGGUGAAAUAUCAACAGCAGGGAGUCUAGAUUAUGAAGAAUGUGCAUUUUAUGAAAUGGAAAUACAAGCUGAAGAUGUGGGGGCACUUUUAGGGAGGACCAAAGUGCUCAUUUCAGUGGAAGAUGUAAAUGACAAUAGGCCAGAAGUGAUCAUUACAUCUCUGUUUAGUCCAGUCUUAGAAAAUACUCUUCGUGGAACAGUAAUUGCCUUUUUGAAUGUGCAUGACCGAGACUCCGGGAAGAAUGGUCAAGUUGUCUGUUACACUCCUCAUAAUUUACCUUUUCUUUUUUUUUUCUUUUUCUUUACUCUUCCUCCUCCUCCUCCUCCUCCUCCUUCCUCUGAGAGAGCACAAAACUGUGAGUGGCGGAGGGGCAGAGGGAGAGAGAGAAUCCCAAGCAGGCUCCAUGCUCAGUACAGACACCAGCACAAGGCUUGAUCCCAUGACCCUGGUAUCAUAAAGCUGAAAUCACGAGUCAGACACUCAACCGGCUGAGCCACCCAGGCACUCCAUUAUUUACCUUUUCAAUUAGAAAAGUCAAUAGAUUAUUGUAGAUUGUUGAAAGUAUGAAUUCUUGACAGAGAAGAAACUUCUGAAUAUAACAUCACAGUGACCACAACAGACAGAAAUUUACAUCAUCCUGCAUGUGAUCAUUGUCAAUGACAGUACACCUUCCUUCCCUGAAAACUUCUACACAGUCUAUCUCCUUAAGAACAGCCAUAGAAGAACCUUCAUCUUCUCAGUGACAGACCAUGAUUCCAACAGUGACAAGAAUGCCCAGGUUAUUCACUCCUUGGCUGAGGACACUAUCCAAGGGUCGUCCUAUGUCUCCACCAGUUCAGACACACUGGCUCAUAUACACACUGCAUCCCUUCAACAUGAGCAGUUUUGUGAUCUCAAAUGCAAGUGAAGGCAAGUGACAGUGGGAACCCCCUACUCACCAGCAACAUGUCACUGAACUUGUUUGUGCUGGACCAGAAGGACAAUGCACCAGAAAUCCUGGACCCUACUCUCCCCACUCACAUGUUCCACCAUCAUGGAACUGGUACCCUGCUCCACAGAACCUGGCUACCUGGUGACCAAGGUGGCUAUAGACAGAGACUUGUGUCAGAACACCAGGCCUACCACCUGUUCAAGGCCAGUGAGCCAGGGCUCUUCAUGGUAGGACUCCACACAGGAAAGGUGUGCACUGCAUGGGCCCUGCUGCACAGAGACUGGCUCAAGCAGAGCCUGGUGGUGGUCCAGGACCAAGGCCAGCCCCCUCUCUCGGCCACUUUCACCCUCACUGCAGCCUUGGCCCACAGCAUCCCAGGUGGCCUGGCUGACCUCAACAGUCUGGAGGUCCUCACCUACCCAGAGAUCUCAGACCUCACAUUAUACUUGGUGGUGACAGUGGCUGCAGUGUCCUGUAUCUUCCUCACCUUUGUCAUUGUGUGCUCAGGUUGUGGCAUUGGCACAUCUCAAAUCUGCUGCAGGCUGCAGGGCUUGGAUUGGCUGUGCCUACUUCUUUGUGGGCGUGGAUAGGUGUGGGCUUUCCUGCAGAUCUAUUCCAGGAAGCCUCACACAGGGCAGGCUCCUGAGAGAGUCACAUGAUCUUUCCACAGCCCAAGUAUGACAAUAUGCUGAUCAGCCAGGAGGGCUCUAGGAAAAAUGACCAUUUGUGCGCUUCAGAUGAUUCCAGGUUUCCUAUAGAAAAUACGUCUUUGGGGGCGCCUGGGUGGCUCAGUUACUUAAGCAUCAAACUUCCGCUCAGGUCAUGAUCCCACAGUUCACAAGUUUGAGCCCUGUGUCGGGCUCUGUGCUGACAGCUCAGAGCCUGGAGCCUGCUCAGAUGUGUCUCCCUCUCCCUCUGCCCCUCCUCCACUUGUGCGCUCUCUCUCUCUUCUCAGAAAUAAACAUUAAAAAAAAAUUUUU